GGAACAUCCCAGUCGUCUGCCGAUGGGACUUUUCUUCCGCCCGCGGCCCCAGAGGCCCCGACCGCUUCGCUUCGCGGGGGGGCACACGUCAUCCUGGAGCCCCCUCUGAUGGCCCCGGGGCCCCGACGACGGCCCCCGAGGGUCGCAGCCGAGGGCAGAGCGCCGGCGGACAGGAAAUCACGGCGCCGGAGAUGCGGGAUCCAGAGGAGGCGGAGGGGGCGCUCGGAGCUGGUCUUGACCACGAGUCCCUCUCCUCUCCACCCGUCUGUCCAAGCUAUCGGGCUGAGCAGCCAGCGCGCGCCCCUUCUUAAGGAGGUCUUGCACAGUGCCCGUCUGAUGUGAUGGCGCGUGCCUUUCGGUUCACGGUCGCGCGCGCGUGCACCCCGAAUCGCUCGCCUUACGCUGCCUCGAACGAAACGAGCACACUCCGAGGCCGGCAGCGACAGCGACGGGAGGAGGAAGGAUGGCCUGGGGAGGGCGCCCUCCGAAGGACGGCGACGGCGACGGCCCCAGCCGGCUGGGCUCCGGCGCCUCGCUGCUGCGAAGGGCGUCCUCCGCCUCCAAGUCGCUGCAGGCCGCGGUGUGGCCCAGGUCAUUGUCGUGCGUACCUGCCGAAGAGCGCGGUCUUUCCGGAGAUAGCGAGCAGUCCUCGCUCAGUGGCAGGUGGGGCGAGCUGGUUUUGUUGGACGACAAGAAGGUGAGUAUCGACGACCAGGACGUUGCCAUUGUCAUUGUCUUUCCGAAGGCCAUCGCUGAGGGCGGCACUAUCGAUCCGCUGGAGCGGAUCGAGGACCCCAUCGGGAUGUGCGCCAGGAUCUUCGACCGCGGCAGCGGUCGAGAGACCGGGGAGGAGCUCUCCCGCGAGUACGGGAGCUUCGACGACCUCCUCGGCAAGAGGAGCGCCUCGGCUGGCCUCUACCACCAGGUCGUCCGCUCCAAGCUGCUGUGGGUGUUCGAGAGGAUCGGCCUGCACGCCAGCACCUUCGACAGCAUCGACGGCGACGAGGUGUUCUUCAAGUUGACCCUCCCCCACGACGGCACGGUGAUCAAG